AAAAGUAAAGGGCAUUUCCCUCACUUCUUAACUAUCACUUUCCUUCCCCCAGCCACCACCUUCACCUUUCUCCGUCGCUCUUUCCCGUACCACCGCCGGUUCUUUGAGGCCGGAGCAUGACGAUUCCGGAGGCGGAGAGGCAACCAGCUAGUUGCAGCGGGCCGGGCCAGUCACCGAGGCCGAGGAGAGUGAAAUUGCGGACACUCCUCCGGGUAGCAUCAGUGGCUUGCGGAAUCCAGUUCGGGUGGGCCCUCCAGCUGUCCCUAUUGACCCCUUACGUCCAAGAGCUCGGCAUACCUCACGCCUGGGCUAGCAUCAUCUGGCUUUGCGGCCCACUGUCGGGGCUGCUGGCCGGCGCCGUUUCCAUCGUAGUCGCCGUUCUUGUUAUUGGCCACUCAGCUGACAUCGGCUGGCUCUUUGGCGAUCGCGGGCAGAAGAAAACGCGCGCCGUGGUGGCGUUUGUUAUCGGGUUCUGGCUUCUUGAUGUAGCUAAUAAUAUGACUCAGGGGCCAUGUCGUGCUCUGCUGGCUGAUCUGACGGGCAAGGAUCAUAGGAGAACUCGAGUAGCGAAUGCGUAUUUCUCCCUAUUUAUGGCUGUUGGUAAUGUUCUUGGAUUUGCUACGGGAUCCUACAGUAACUGGUUCAAGAUUUUGCCAUUCACGCUCACUUCUGCGUGCAAUGUUAGCUGUGCUAAUUUGAAGGCAGCGUUCAUCAUCGACAUUAUUUUUAUUCUUAUAACUACCUGCAUAAGCCUAUCAGCAGCCCGUGAGCAGCCCCUAAUUUCCAGGUUCACUGCCCCUCAUUCUGGUGAAAUGUCUCAAGGUUCUUCCAACCAUGAAGCUUUUCUAUGGGAACUUUUUGGAACUUUUAGAUAUCUCCCAGGUACUGUUUGGAUUAUCCUUCUUGUCACUGCGCUAACUUGGAUCGGCUGGUUCCCGUUUCUUCUGUUUGACACUGAUUGGAUGGGCCGCGAAGUUUAUGGUGGAAAACCGAAUGAAGGGACGAAUUAUGGCAUUGGAGUAAGAAUGGGUUCACUGGGCUUAAUGUUGAACUCGGUUAUCCUUGGGAUUACAUCAGUGCUUAUGGAGAAGCUCUGCCGAAAGUGGGGUGCCGGUUUUACAUGGGGACUUUCAAAUAUUCUUAUGUCUCUCUGCUUUGUGGCAAUGCUUGCUAUUGCUGCUAUCAAGAUGAACUUGAAUAUUGAUGACCGUCUUCCUCCAGAUGGUGUUGUCAUUGCUGCCCUAGUAGUAUUUGCAUUGCUUGGCGUUCCAUUAGCUAUAACAUAUAGUGUUCCAUAUGCAUUGGUCUCUACUCGUAUUGAAGCUUUAGGCUUGGGCCAAGGGUUGUCCAUGGGCGUCCUGAAUCUGGCAAUUGUGAUACCACAGAUUGUUGUCUCCCUUGGAGCUGGACCCUGGGAUCAACUGUUUGGUGGUGGCAACUCACCUGCCUUACUUAUUGCAGCAAUUUCGGCUUUUGCUAGUGGGCUUAUAGCCAUCUUGGCUAUUCCUCGAACAAGGAUCGAAAAAACUCCAAGAUCCAUCGUUCAGGUACCUGUCUUUGUAAAUUGAGACUGUUGAGUAAUAUAUUCAAGAUCUUUAGUUAUAGAUUGGCAUUCUGAGACCCAGUAGUUGAUAGUAUAUAGCAGUAUAACACACGAAAAAGUAUGUGCUAUGUUGUCGUAACUGUUCCCUUUUCUCUUGUCUUUGCUCUUUGUUGUUCCCUUGUCUUUGCUCUUUGUUGUUGAUCAUGGGACGCAGGUACGUAUUAAAAGUGAUCAAAGUACGUAAUUUAAACACAAUAGCUAAUA